CUCCUUGUUUUGAUGGUUGUGGUUGGUGGGCCGUCCUGAUUGGUUGAGAUCUGGUUGGUUGGCGCUCUGCAUUCUCAUUGGUCCAAGACCAUAGAUAGUUUGGCGAUAGAAAACUCUUUGCCAAAGCUCAUACAUGAACAAUGGCAGAUACUAGUCGAUUCAAAAUGAUAAUGGGUGUGCUAGUGGUGGUUUUGCCCCUAGUGGUUAUGGGUGAGAUUGUGGAAGUGCCGGAUAAGCGGGAUUUCAAGUUGACCGUGAUUGUUCUGACAAUGAACCGACACCACUCUUUGGCCAGACUCCUGAAAUCGUUGGAAAAAACCGAAUUUGACGAUGACAAUGACUUCUUUGACAUGGAGAUCCAUGUGGACAAGUCCAUUGGCGAGCAUUAUGAAGAUUGUGUCAAAAUAGCCCAUAAUCACACCGUUCCACGUGGUGGCAAAGUGACUCCCCGAGUAUUUAAAGACAACCACGGUCUCAGAACUGCCUGGUUUGAUGCUUGGUAUCCGAAACCCGAUGACGAGUUCUGUAUUAUAGUCGAGGACGACCUGGAAAUGUCUCCUUAUUGGUUCAUGUGGCUCAAGAAAGCGUGGGCUAAGUAUCAAGACCGCGAUGAUAUCGCUGGAAUUGCGCUUCAGCGUCAAUAUAUGGUCUUCCAAAAACCGGAGCAAGUGAACCGCGAGAUCAUCAACAAUUAUGAGCCGUUUCUGUACAAAUUGGUGGGCACUUGGGCAUUUGCCCCUCAUCCCAAACGAUGGAGAGAGUUCUUGGAUUGGUUCAACUCGGUGGAUAAUGAGAAAUUUGAUCCCUAUGUGCCGGGAUUGCUCACCUCAGAUUGGUUGCACAUGCACACGAGCAUGGGAAAGAGACACAUGACCUGGGAACAAUGGCACAUUUACUACUCGGAAAAGCACGGCCUUUACACCAUGUACAUUAACUUCCCGAAAAAGAUGGCGUUGUGCAGCAACUGGAGAGAGGCGGGCGUUCAUAAUCGCAGGAGUUUUAACGAAAAAGAUUUCCCUACCCUGGAUUAUUGUGCCAUCCAACUCCAAGAGUUUCCAGACGACCUUCGAAAAUUCGGUUGGGACGCCCAAGAAGAGGGAGAUCCAAGUGAUUAUAAGAUAACGAGCUUCGAAUUUGGCGACAACGUGAGCUUCUAAAGUAUUCAUCCAAAAGUUUGUCAAACCCUCUAAAUUUUAGCGCCAAAAUACACAAUGUCUCAACAAAAACGAAUUUAUUGUAUCUAGCAAAAAAUAUCAGGGAUCAGGAA